UAUUUAGCUUCUAAAUUAUUGUAAGUUGUAACUAAUCAAUAAUUACAAAUCCGCGUACAUGCCACAAACUAUGGUCAUGAUAGAGACCUGCCUACCAACCUCCCUCCUCUUCUUCUCAUCACUUAACCCACUGUAGUCAUCUGCAGCCUAUAAAUAGAGAAGCCAUGCAUCUCAGUUUACCAAAACCAAUCAUAGUGCUCAAUUAGUUUUGAGACCAAUUAGCAAAAGAUUAUCAAAGAGUUUUGCUUCGCUGUUUCGCGAUUGAUCAUGAUGAUGAACUACUCCAGGCUUGUGUUUGUUUCAGUUCUGUUGAUGAUGAUGAUUUCCCUUCUUGUUUUCAGCCCUGUUGAGGCUGAUGGAGUAGUGGUGAACAACGGACAACAUGCUUCACUCCUUGCCAAAAUAGACUGCGGUGGAGCGUGCACAGCGAGGUGUCGUUUAUCGUCUCGGCCUAACCUGUGCAAGCGGGCAUGCGGGACAUGCUGCCAGCGUUGCAGCUGCGUUCCUCCCGGCACGGCUGGAAACUACGACGUCUGCCCCUGUUACGCUACCCUCACCACCCACGGCGGCAAACGCAAGUGUCCUUAAUUCAACAGCAUCAAAACUACUUCAAGCAAGCUAAUAGCUAUAUAGAUAGCUAGCUUGAUCAGAAAUAUGUGCCGGAGCUACACAGAGUGAAUAAAAUUGCAUGUAUAAGUUUAAAUUAAAUUAUCGAAUAAAAAUGGUCACUGCUUGUAAUUUCUGCUGAAUAAUAAAUCAAAAAAGUGAAAUGUUUAUGAUUUGUUC